AUGACCACAACAGUGUUAUUAACAGGAGCUUCUGGGUUUAUUGCCUUACACAUCAUUGAUGUUUUAUUAUCAAAAGGUUAUAAAGUUAUUGGUACAGUUAGAUCACAAUCAAAAGCUGAUAAAAUUAUAAAAAAUUUCCAAAAUGAGAAACCAUCUGGUGAUUUAUCAUUUGAAAUUGUUGAAGAUAUUUCAAUUCCAAAUGCAUUUGAUCAUGUCUUGGAGAAACAUCCAGAAAUUACCAAAGUUAUUCAUGCAGCUUCACCAUUUUUUUAUGGUGUUGAUAAAGAUUCUUUGAAAACAACAUAUCUUGUUCCAGCAACAAAAGGAACUGAAAAUAUUUUAACUGCAAUUGAUAAAUUUGGUUCAAAAGUGGAAAAUGUUGUUAUCACUUCAAGUUUUGCCGCUAUUGUUCAUCGUCAUAAAUUAGCAAGAAAAUAUAUUUCUGAAAAUAAAGUUUCUUAUGAAUUAACUACUGUUAAUCCACCAUUUGUUCUUGGUCCACAAAAAUUUGAAGAUGUUUUAAUUAAUCCAACUUUAAAUACAUCAGCUGAAACUAUUAAUAAAUUAUUGAAAACUGAUCCAUCAGAUGAACAUUUUUUUGAUACUCCAUUAGGUUUAGCCACUGAUGUUCGUGAUGUUGCAUUAUUACAUGUUUUACCAUUAGAAGACCAAAAUUUGAAAGGUAAAAGAUUAUUCCCAGUUAAUGGUGCGUUUAAUGGACAAACAUUAUUAAAUGUAAUUAAUAAGAAUUUUAAAGAUUUAAAAAUUGCAAAGGGGAAACCUGAAGGUGCUGAGGAACAUGUUGCUAAAAAUCAUUGGUUUUAUGAUUCAAGUAAAUCUUUAGAAUGGUCUGGAUUGGGAAAAUGGAUUCCAUUAGAAAAGACUAUUAUUGAUUCUGUUUCUCAAAUUUUGGAAUAUCAAAAGGCCAAUGAGAAAUAA